AUGGAUGUUGGUAGUCCAAAAUGGCGCUUAACGGGGUUUUAUGGGUACUCGGAUAGGGGUCGUAGAAGAGAAUCCUGGCAGUUGUUGCGCACUCUCUCUUCACUCUCGACAUUACCGUGGGUUGUUAUGGGGGAUUACAAUGAUAUUCUGGACCAGUCUGAAAAGUAUGGCCGAACACCGCACCCACAGUGGCUGAUUAAUGGGUUCCGGGAUGCAGUAGCGGAUAGUGGGCUGGUGGAUGUUCCUUUUAGUGGGCAUCAGUUUACUUGGGUUAAGUCACGGGGCACGGAUCAUAUGAUAGAGGAAAAGCUGGAUCGAUUUCUUGCUAAUGACAGUUGGUUGAACAUGUUUGAGGGAGCGCAGGCACUUUCAUUGUCAACUACCUACAGUGACCAUCUUCCUCUAGUAAUUACGCCAGUCAUGCGGCCUAGAACUCGGAGGAAGGCGAGAUUUUGCUUUGAUAAUAUGUGGAUAAGGGAGGAGUCGCGUAGGGAAAUUGUGGCGCACAGUUGGGACCGAACAGUGGGACUGGGCACGUUGGAAAGGAUAGAGCCAUGUGCUCGGGAUAUCUCGAGAUGGGGGCGGGGGUAUAAUAAGGAGUUUCAGCGGAAAAUAGAGCAUUGCAAGCGCCGGCUAGAUGGGUUGAUUUCAUGUUGA